AUGAUAGGUCCUCGUGACAUCUUUCUUCACACCGCCGUCAGAAGUGCUUUAGGGCCCGUUGAGCGACUGACCUUUGGUAUUCUACAGGGACAACGUGGUCAUCUGACAGAAAAAACUACUGGGACAGUGAAUUAUUCACAGAAUAACACUGCUUUCGCAGAUAAGCAGGCUCCUGAGGCACAAAGAGAGCUGCUCUUCCUGAACCAAGAAAGUGGCCCUUUGAUUAUCGAGGCUUCAACCGCACGCAUAGGCUUGGAAUCGAGGCCACACACAAAUACAGCUACAUCACUGAUGAACCGUCGCACGUCUAGUGAUUCAAUACAAACUCUGCAGAGGAGGUCAUCUGGAAUCGACCACAUGGAUAUGGACCAGGAUUCUAAAGACCCCACGGCGGCUGUUAACAGUGACCAAAGGCAGCCACAACUGGGCAUGCGACUUCCGUUUGACUUGGACUAUGAAUUUGAGAAGAGAUUCGGGGUGACAUUCCAGACGCUGGCAACUAUAGCAGAGAAACGUUUAGCAGGGUCUUUCUAUGUACUGUUUCCACAGGGAUCAGGCGGCAUUGAAGAAGAAUGUCAGGCGGUUGUUGAAUUUCUCAAAGCCCACCAUAGUGAGAAAAACAAGGCUAUUGUAUACUCUAACCGCACUCCUGAAGAUUGGGAAAAGUUCACUCAAGCGAAGAAUGGGGUCGUUUUGAUUCAUGAAAGCUCUCUGGAUUUCUACAAGUUGCAGGGCCUUAAUAACUUAUGUCGCCAGUCAACAUUCAACUUCUGGUCUUUCAUUUUAAACAAAGAAUUAGGUGACAACCGACCGUAUUUCCAGCGCAUGUUCCAAACGGGUGGAGUUAUCUUGAUUACCGCAGACUACAUGCUAAGCGAUCCAAGAGGUACAGUCGUUGUGCUAUCUUGGUUCGAAGAUUAUGCGAAGAGCAGGUAUCCUGGGACAUGGAAAUUAAUGCUCCGCCCGGAUGUAUUGAAUUGGCUGCAAAAGCAGAUUGAGGUCGCCGGGAACUCCAGUUAUCUAUGGCUCGCAAUGUACCAUCUCAUUAUGCAGAUUACCUUCAUCGGAGAUACGAAGUCCCGGGACAUCCUCACUGGUGCAGAAGCCGGCUAUACACCAAAUACGGUCAUCUCUCCCUCAAAACUCCCAGGGUACGGUUUUCGUACAGACGACGAGAUUCCAGAUAUCCCCAAAGAUAGAACCCUGACCCAAGAACAACGAAACGCUGAUCACCUCGUUGAGUUCUACGCUGGCUGGGCCCUGAUCAACUGUUACCAGUUCCGAAAGUUCUAUGUGCUCACAGCCUCCGCACUUCCGCGAUGGGACGAAUGGCACCAUCUGCAAAUUCGCGUGGGCUCCACAGCUUUCAUGAAAUAUUUCGAAAUCAACUAUAGGUGGUAUUGGGAAAAACUUAAGCAUUCUGCGGCGAGAUCGAAUUACCACUCAGAGAGGAGUUCUCAGACCCCAUUUACACCCCAAACUCCUAAGGCCGGCUCGAGCGAGUCAGCUACUUCUCGCCCGACGCCGUCCUAUAUCCCUCCCCUUUCGCACCACUAUCCCCAACCAUAUCAGUGA